AUGGAUGGGUUGCGAACUGGAUUGCUCAGUGCCAAAAUGUCUCGCAACCUAGAGUUCCCCCAUUUUUGCCAAACUGCGAAAACAGAGAACAAAGAGCCGCUAUGCCAAACUGCGAAAACACAGAAGAAAGAGGCGCUAAAGGGUUCUUUUAUAUGGAGGGCACUUCGGUCAUUUCACGUCCCCAAUGAAAUGGAUACUGUUGGAAUAUUGGUAUGCUACAAUGGAAGUUGGGUUAAGAAGGAUAACAUUGAGAGUUACGAAGGUGGGGAGGCUAAAGGCAUAAUAGUGUCACGGAAUGUAACGUUUUCCGACCUUGUUCAGCGCAUUUAUAAGAUCAUGGAUGCAGAUCCCACGAAAUAUAUUGUCACACUGAAAUAUUCAGUUCCUGUAUCCUCAUCUGUCUGUAAGCAUAUAAGGGUUGAAGACAAUGAUGAUGUUAAAUAUUUUGUAAAGUACAACACAGAUGUUAUGGCCUCUAAAGUAACCCCUUUAGUAGCAAGCUUGAAAAAUAUUGAAGGUCAUGGUAUUGAAGGGUGCAAUGGCAUUGUAAGCGUUGAGAGUAGCAAUGCUCCUGCUGACUUUGUUGUGGAACAAAGAAAUGUGGUAAUUCGGGACAAUGAAACUGAAAAUGGUGGGAAUGAUUUUAAUUGGAGUGAUUGGGUUGAAGAAGUGAAUUUUGAAAGUGGUGAAAACAUAGUUGCUGAUUUCAAUGAACCUAGCAACGAAGAGGAACCGCAGUCUGCUCCGAUUCUGCAUCCUCAUGAGGACAGCAAUGUCGAACCGUCCACUGUGCAGUGUAGACAGGUGCAAUCCGAACCUCCCCGACAAUCAAGUUCGACUGAAAUGCAUACAAGUCGGGGUGAUUUGAAGCAUGGUCAGAGUUUGGAAUAUAUUCAGUAUGGUGGAGGCGUUUCGUGCAUAAAUUGGGAAGCAAAUUUGAAGCUUCCUUGCCCUUGGAAAGUUCGGGCAUAUAAAGUUGGAUUACAUGAGUUUAAGGUUGUUAAAUACGAUCCACUUCAUGAAUGUGAUAUAACGUAUAUAAGUAGUCAUCAUCCUCAAGCUACGACUGAACUGCUGUCUGACUGUGUUAAGUGGAGAUUUCAGGAUUCGCGCAGCAUUUAUACAGCAGCUGAUAUCAAGAAAGAUGUGAAACAAAAUUUCGGUGUGAGCAUAAGCUACUCUACAGCGUGGAGAAGCCGAGAGUUAGCUUUCAAAAGAAUUAGAGGGUCUGCAGAAGAGUCGUAUUCCCUUCUCCCUUCCUAUUGUUAUGAAUUGGAGCGUACAAAUCCGGGAACUUUGACAUACAUUGAGACUGAUGCAGCUGAUCACUUCUUAUAUUUUUUUAUGGCAAUUGGUGCAUGCAUACGAGGAUUUAAGUCGUCAAUGCGGCCCGUGAUUGCUGUUGAUGCUACUCAUUUGAAGUGCAAGUAUAGAGGUGUUUUGUUUGUUGCGACCGCAUUUGAUGGAAAUCGGAACAUAUAUCCUGUUGCCUUUGGGAUUGGAGAUUUGGAGACGGAUGCAGCUUGGGAGUGGUUUUUGAGAAAACUACAUUGUGCAAUUGGUGAUUGCUCGAAUCUCGUUGUCAUAUCAGAUCGCAAUGUUAGCAUACAGAAUGGGUUGCGUAGAGUUUUUCCUGGGGCAAGCCAUGCGGAUCCGAUAUUGGGGUAUUUUGUAAGGGCAGCUAAGUCUUAUCGUCUAGCGGAGUUCAAUCGUCACUUUUCCAGGAUAAACAAUGACCGAGUGCGAACUUAUUUACUACGUGCAGGCAUCCAGAAGUGGUCUCGGGCCCAUUGUGAUGGACGACGAUAUAAUGUGAUGACAACGAAUAUUGUGGAGUCCAUUAAUUCAGUUCUUCGGUUUGCAAGGAUGCUUCCGGUGCUACACUUGAUUGACGAAAUUACAAAUCUACUUGUCUGUUGGUUUAGGCAACGUCGAGAGUUAGCAAUGAAAUCUCAUUCUACGUUGUGCCCUGAUUUAGGGGAAAUUAAGUUAAGGAAGAGGUUAGACGCUGCGUCAAGGAUGAAUGUGGUCAAAAUCAAUGACGUCGAGUAUAAUGUUCUGGAUGGUGAUUUGAACGGUCUGGUGCACUUGCAAAACCGUAGUUGUACAUGCAGGAAGUUUGACUUGGAGCAACUCCCGUGCAAGCACGCUAUUGCGGUAUGUCGGCACUUGAAAUUGAACCCCUACUCCUUUGCCUCUUCUUAUUAUACACGAGCUACAUGGGCAGCUGCAUAUGCUGAAUCUAUUUAUCCUGUACCACCUGAAGGCACAUGGGUUAUUCCCCAAAUUUGA